AUGUCAUCGGAUUCUGUUGGUUUAUUAUCAUCGCCAGAACGAUCAAGUUCGCCGUCCCUGUUAGAUCAAAACAUCAAUGAUUACGCCACAACAACUCAGAUAUUUGACGAUUAUACCGGUCUAAAUUUCCAGCAACCACGAUCACCCAGCAAAAGACAAUUGACUAUUGAAGAAUCUCUCAUAACAACCAACGAUCCUAAACGUCUCUGUAACAGUAAUCUUCGAGAACAGACCGAUCUGAACUUGAUUUCAUCUACGAGUUUACAUACACCUUUAUCAUCUGCCAAUUCCAUUGAUUCUCUCUCAAUUCCAUCAUCACCGACAACUCCGCCUCUGUCAACGGAUGUACUUAAUUGGUUAGCAACAUUUCUGGGUAUGUCAAAUGAAGAUCGUAGUCGAGCUACUGAAGCGCUUAUUCGCACUUGUUCCACAAAUACUCUACAGUUGAACCAUAUUAAAAACCAAAUCGAACCGUACUUUCAACGUGAUUUUGUUCGUGAUCUACCACGAGAGUUAGCAUUACAUGUACUGAAAUAUUUACCGGCGAGCGACGUCGCACGAGCAUCACGUACAUGUCGAGCGUGGUAUGAAACGUGCAAUGAUAUCCUAUUGUGGAAACGUUUAUGCCAAACAAAAGUAAUUCCUUUGAAACAAUCACCGACGAUAUUUGAUGAUAUUAUUGAAAACUCAUGGAAACGUUCGUACGCGUGUCACAAACAUCUAGAAUACACUUGGCAGCAUGAAAAGCCUCUACCUGCACCACUGAUAUUUCGUGGACAUGAAGAUUUCGUUAUCACUUGCUUACAAUUUGAUGGCAAACGUAUUGUAUCAGGUUCAGAUGAUAAUUCCCUCAAAAUCUGGUCGGUCGCUACUGGACAAUGUGAGCAAACCUUGGUUGGACACAAUGGUGGAGUAUGGUGCAGUGGAAUGACAGACGAUUUAAUCGUUAGUGGAAGUACAGAUCGAACGAUUCGUGUGUGGAAUAUUGAAACAGGCACUUGUCAACAUGUACUCUAUGGACAUACCUCCACAGUACGAUGUCUAGCAUUGCACGGUGAUAUUGUUGUAUCAGGAUCACGUGAUGCGACUGUUCGUGUUUGGAAUAUUCGUACAGGUGAACGUCUUCAUAUGUUAAGUGGUCAUACAGCUGCCGUUCGUUGUGUUUGCUAUAAUGGAAAAUAUGUUGUAUCUGGUGCAUAUGACCAUACUAUACGUGUGUGGUUACCUGAUGACGAACGAUGUGUACAUACUUUGGAAGGACAUACUAAUCGAGUGUAUUCCCUUGUCUUCGAUGGCAAGCAUAUUGUAUCCGGUUCACUAGAUUGUAUGAUUCGCGUGUGGGACGUGGAACAAGGCACGUGUAUACAUCAGUUGACUGGCCAUCUGUCAUUGACUAGUGGGAUGCAAUUGCGUGGAAAUAUUCUUGUAUCUGGAAAUGCAGAUUCGACUGUGAAAAUAUGGAAUAUCGAUUCAGGAAAAUGUUUACACACACUAGCGGGACGAAAUAAGCAUGCAUCAGCGGUGACGUGGGUUCAAGUUGUAUUGAACUAUGUUGUUAGCUCAGGCGAUGAUGGCAUGGUGAAAUUAUGGGACUUAGAAACGGGAGAUUUCAUUCGAAAUCUCGUUAAACUAGAGUCAACCGGAAAUGGAGGUGUUGUAUGGCGUAUUAAAUGUACAGAUUCCGCCUUAGUAUGUGCAGCCGGCAGUCGAAAUAGCACCGAAGAUACCAAAGUGAUUAUGCUCGACUUUGAUCGUACGACGAUCUGUUCAUAA